UUCCUCUCAGUGUGAGAUCGACCAAUCAGAAUCGACUCGAGCCCUACGUCACAGCCAAUCGGCUUUCAAUCUGCUCUUCUCGAAAACAUGUCGCCCAUGAAGCUGUGUGUUCCAGGUGACAAACUAUGCAGUGUAGAAGACUGUAUUCCAGGCACGGGAGUAUAUCUGCGGCACGGCUACAUAUACUCCUCACUAGCGGGUUACGUGCUCAGGAAAAACGAGGGAGAGGAGUUACCCGUGAUCUCAGUGGUGAGAGAAACAGAAACACAACUACUGCCAGAUGUAGGAGCAAUAGUCACCUGUAAGGUGACCAGCAUCAAUCCCAGGUUUGCUAAGGUCCACAUCCUUUACGUAGGCUCCACACCGCUGAAGGACCGCUUCAGAGGGACUAUCAGAAAAGAAGAUGUGCGAGCAACAGAGAAAGACAAGGUGGAAACAUACAAAAGCUUCAGACCUGGUGACAUCGUCUUGGCAAAAGUGAUUUCUCUUGGUGACGUUCAGUCUAACUACCUGCUGACAACGGCAGAGAAUGAGCUGGGAGUUGUGGUGGCACACAGUGAAGCAGGUGCCCAGAUGGUUCCUAUCAGCUGGUGUGAGAUGCAGUGCCCACGGACGCACACCAAAGAGUUCCGCAAAGUGGCGCGAGUGCAGCCGGAAUAUCUACAGGCAUGAGAGCCCCAAACCCUUUUCCCUCCACAAGGAACACACAGCUUCCCCUUCCUCCUUCACUCACUGUCAUCAAGUAGCCUCUUAAUUCUGUUUCAGAGGUUUUCUGAGAGACUUGAGCGACUUGUUAAGAUUUGUUGGCUACUGCUGGUUUCAUGUCUUUCUUGAGUGUUUUUUAAAAAUAGCUUUCCCUUUGCACAUUGUGUCAUCAUUUGAUUGUGCCAGCUUGAAAACACUGUAGCAGCGUCAGACCAAACUGCUAAACUGUCAGGACAUAUUCUAACCAAUGUAGUGACUGUUGUUAAGACAUUUUAACUAAUUCAAGGGUGGUACACUGCAGCUAACAAAUUCUCUAAGAGGUCAUUAUGUUGAGAAACUAAAAGCAUCAAAAUUUUGCACUUAGAGAUGAAAGGGCUCUUUCACAGCUGCAGGAUUCACUCAGUUUUGCAAAGUUAUUGUGGCAAAAUUUAGAUCAACAGGUCUCUUCAAGGAUGAUGCAUGUUUCUGGGUGUAUAGAUCUAAGACUUGGUUAAACAGAUUACAUCUCAUGUAAAGAUAAAAAUGAACACUGCAUUUUGUACCCAGAGAGAUGAUUUAAAUGGGUAGUGGCUGCAUUUGGUCUGAAAUGAGGAUCUGACCAAAAAAGCUGCAUAGUGAGUGCUGCACUUUUUUGUUCUUGCACGAUUUGUGGCUGACUUUUUUUUUUUUUUAUCUUAUCCAUUAAAGUGUCAGAACAUUAGUUUGAAGACAUUUUACUCUCCUGAGGCUCAUUUCUUCUUACACCUUUUCAUCUUAUCCAGUUUCAAGUAAACUGGUGGACAGAUGUUGUCCAAACAGCGGUUAAAAAGGGACGAGUGUGAUUGAGAGAGCCGAACGUUCAAUCAGACAACACAGCUACCAUGCACGGAAUAUUGAAGUACAGCAUAUGAUAGUCAAAUAUUUCUCUUCUGUUUUCCAGCACAUAAUCAAAACUACACAAUUAUGAGCCUAUAACAAGCAAGCAGAAAUGUUUCCAUUUUAUUUUUGAAGUAAAAUGUACUUUUACUUUCCUUAUUCUCUCUUCACUUUACAGCAUAUGUCAUGUGCAAGAUUGAAAUAAAAUGACUAUCAAAACAA